UUAAAAAAUGAUCAAAGUAAUCUUAAAGAGACUUAACAACUAUCCAAGAAUGUGCAUCAUUCCCUCCAUUGAAGAGUAAUUUUGACUUUUUACAUAAGGUAAUCGAUUUCACUGCUAUUCUUAAUUUAAGAGAUAAAAAUAUGGAUUUUAUAAUUUACUGGACAUAAAUGUAAUAAAUACAAUUUGUUAAAAAUAUUGUCAUCUACUCUAAUAUUUAAUAAAUUCUCCUUUCCAUGACGUUUUUAUAAUAUUGCAUGGCCGUGCAUGGAUGUCUCAACGAGCACGAGCCUGACAUUACACAAAGGUCAUCAUGACUAAUAACAGCCAUAAUUCUUCUAAAAAUUCCAGAUUCCCCGUCAACCCUAGACUUCAAAACCGUCGAGCCACCGUAAUGUGACAACAUCAAUUCAUCUUAAAUAAAAUUUUGAUGCUAAUCAGGUCGGAGAUAUAUAAGAUUAGGAAACUCCUUUUGACUGCACGCUCAUCCUCCUGUAACCGCACCAUCGAAGCCAACACGCAUUUGGCCAGCCUCCCACCACCCGUAACUCUACUUUCCCGGUGGAUCCAUUAAUCCCCCCGCCCCUAAGAAUAAGCCCCACGAAAGAGCCACAAACACGUUAACUCCCCCUUCCUCCUCCCCAUCCAAAUUGGAUUCCCUUCCUCCAUAUAAAUUCAACCCCACAAAAUUCUCGCCUCCCCGGGCUUCCAUUACCUGUGCAUCAAAAGCCCCGGCUGGUGGAGACCAAGAUGAUCUGAUUCCAACGAUCUCCACCGUCAAUCCGAGGGUACAUCGUAAGCCAUGGAAGCCCGGCGCAUCAAACAAUUGAUGCUCCUCUCCCUUCGAACCCCUAGCGCGCGUGCUGCACUCGUGGGUGGUAACCACACCGCUGCCCGCUUCUGCACUCGCUAGUCUCACCGCCCGCAUUUCCCCCUCCCUUCUCUCUCUCUCUCUCGCUCUCCUCUCCGCUCUCCGUUCUUCGCGAACUAAUUCCUCUCUGUGAAUAGACUUACGACCGGAAAACCACCGUUUUUUUUUUUUCCCGGAAGUCAGCCAGCCGUGAGGAGAUGAAGAAGGCGAGGGCGGUUAGACGGGUCGGCGCCGCCGGCGCCGUCGAGGUCGGCCGCGACCGACUCGUGAUCCGGCUCCCGGGCCCGCAGUUCCUGCGCCUCCUCGCCCGGUCGGUGCUCCUCGCUCUCGUGAUCAUGUCCUUCCCCUGGCUCCAGGCCGCGCUCCUCCGUCGCGCCUCCGCCGCGGAGAACGUCGCGCCUCUCGCCGCCGUCCCGCCGAUCGACGACGAGGUGUUCGUGCUGCCGAUGCUCCUCGGCGAUCUGCGCCUCCGCGGGCUGCUCCGGCCCGAGCACCGCGCCGUGUUCCUCGGCGACCCCGGCGUCCGGCUUUCGUACCUGAAACAGAAGGGGGUCGAGCCGAUCUCCCACGACCGGAUGCCGGCGGUCCCCGACGAAUCUGUCGACUUCGUCAUCUCCGCCGACGAGGUGCUCGCCGCCGCCGGUCGCGACGGCUUCGAUUUCAUCGACCGGGCCCUCAAGAUAAACGGCAUCGCCGUCGUCCGCGUCAGCUCCGACCCACUGGAGCCGUUCCGCCUGCCGGAGAACUACCGGAUGACCUACAUCCGCCAGAUCGGCGCCGCCACAAUGGUGGCGAUGAGGAAGAAAUCCGCGGCGGCCGCGGCCGAGACCGACGCCUCCGCCGCACCGGCGGUGCGGCGACGGAGGGGCCGGCGGCUGCUGGCGGUGCCGGAGGCGAAGAAGGAGGCGCUGAACGGGCUGGAGGGCGUGCUGCUGGAGCCGCCGCGUCCGUCGAGGCGGCGGCCACCACUGCGGCCGCGGUACCUGCCGGAGCUAACGGGGGACUCGCUGGCGGGGUACCCACGGCGGGUGUUCGUGGACGUGGGGCCGGCGGGGGCGAAGGCGGGGACCGCGGCGGCGUGGUUCAAGCGCCAUUACCCGAAGGGCGACCGCGACUUUGAGAUCAUCCGGGUGGUGGUGGCGGGGGACGAGGCGGAGGCGGCGGCGGCCGCGCGGGGCGAGGGCGGGAUGGCGGAGUGGCUGGAAAAGAACGUCCGCGAGGAGGAGUACGUGGUGAUGAAGGCGGAGGCGGGGGUGGUGGAGGAGGUGGUGAAUGGGCGGGCAAUCGGGCUGGUCGACGAGCUCUUCCUCGAGUGCGACCACCAGUGGGAGAAGAAGAAGAAGAAGAAGAAGGGAAGCAAAGAGACGAGAAGCCGGAGGGCCUACUGGGAGUGCCUCGCCCUCUAUGGCAAGCUUCGGGACGAAGGGGUGGCCGUCCACCAGUGGUUUGACUGAUUGGUUCUUUAAUUUUUCAUCGAAAGGAAGAGAGUUCGAGGAGAAAUAUAGAGGCCGAGUCGAAGAAGAUGAAGAAGAUGGGUUGCUAAUUGGGUGAGUUUUUUUUGGGUAAGAAGAAUGUGGUUCCAUUUCUUUCUUCUGUUGUGCAUUACGAGGACAUUGUCGUAUUAUGUUGUAAAUGCUUCCCACUCGUCUCUCUCUUUUUUUUUUAAUGGUUUAAUUGGUCAUGGUGGAAAUACUUUCCCAUUUUGAUCAGAUGCCAAGAAUGCUGCUUCCUUGUAAAUUUGUCAAAAUUAAUGCCUACACCAUAACCCUCAUCUCAUCCAUUGCUCUGACAAA